CUUCCCGCCCGAUAUUAUCUUCGCAUUGCAGGUGGAACUAUCUCGUCCGUUGGUCGAUACGUCAAGAAAUAUGGCAUCAGUACCGAGAUCGUUCUCGCCGAUACGCAAUUCUCCAUCUACUACGAUUAUGUCAUGUACGGCAGAUUCAAGAACGAAUCUGGAGCGAGUUUAUGGGUAGAGCCAGGCAUGGCCGGAAUCGGUUAUGGACCAAUGGGAAUGGCACGUAGAGGCGAAACAACAAGUAUGGAUGCCGCUGUUAUUGAUCGAGUAGUCAAAAUACCAGAUGUAGCAGCUACUGCCGCUAUGCGGAUACUUCGCGAACAGGGUGCAUCCGGUGGUACCAGCAGUGGAGUGAACCUACUCACGUCGAUGCAUAUUGCGGCGACAGCGGUGUAA